CCGCCCUCCUCCGUCCAUCUCAAGCGCACAGCCACCGGUCGCAAACCACUGUUUCAGUCUUACCUGCAAAAGAUGGCCGAGGAGAAGCACCACCACCACCUCUUCCACCACCACAAGGAGGAGAAGCCCGCGGAGGAGGUGAUAUACUCCGAGACAGCCUACUCCGGCGGCGAUGACUACGCCUCCGGCUACACCGAGACUGUCGUCGCCGAGUCGGCUUCCGAUGAGUACGAGAAGUACAAGAAGGAAGAGAAGCAUCACAAGCACAAGGAGCACCUCGGCGAGAUGGGCGCUGUCGCCGCCGGUGCCUUUGCUCUGUACGAGAAGCACGAGGCGAAGAAGGACCCCGAUCACGCCCACAAGCACAAGAUCGAGGAGGAGAUCGCUGCGGCGGUGGCGGUUGGCAGCGGAGGCUAUGCCUUCCACGAGCACCAUGAGAAGAAGGACGCCAAGAACGAGGCGGAGGAAGCGAGCGGAAAGAAGCAUCACCACCACCUCUUUUAGGGGCUGCCCUCUUUGAUCGGCUUCCAUGUUGUGCACCAAAUAAGUUCAGGCUGGCUUGUCAUGAUGGCCUUGGCUGCUACAAUAAUUGGGUGCAUGUGUUAUGUGAAAUAGAUUUGUGUUGAGUGUGGGAUGCUUGGUACUUUUGUUUUUUUUUCUUUUAUCCUUGUAUCAAAAACCCUUAAAAAUAAGAAAAAAGGCUUCUUAGAAAUGUUCUUUCUAAGAUCUUAUAAUGAACAUCUUUUCCUUUUUUU